UCCUGUGCUAAUUGGGCCUUGCAAACCUGCUAUGUGCGCAGACUAGAAUCAGAUAGCAACUCUACUAUCUACCAGCCCUGAUCCUAUAUGUAUCGCCGAGACACGCAGCAGGAACCAAGCCAGAACAACUCGUACGCACUCUCGCCGUGAAUUGAUAGCUCUCCAUUAUCGACUUUCGACGACCUACCAAGACAAGCUACAAGCGCGACACGUUCGCGACCAUGGCGGGCGGCAGCAAGGCCGCGGCCGCUGUGGCCAUGGUCUUGGCAUUCCUACUCUUCGCCGUCGCCUCGUCAGCAGCCGCCGGCGCACCCGACAUGUCCAUCGUCUCGUACAACUCGGCGCACGCCGUCCGUGGGCUGGAGCGGACGGAAGCCGAGGUGCGCGCGAUGUAUGAUCACUGGCUGGCGCGGCACGGCCGCUCGUACAAUGCCCUCGGCGAGUACGACCGCCGGUUCCGGGCGUUCUGGGACAACCUCAGGCUCGUCGACGCCCACAACGCCGACGCGGACGCCCACGGGUUCCGCCUCGGGAUGAACCGCUUCGCCGACCUCACCAACGACGAGUUCCGCGCCGCCUACCUCGGCGCCAUCCCGAGCGGCCAAGGCCGCCACACCGUCGGCGAGAGGUACCUCCACGACGGCGCCGAGACGCUGCCGGAGUCCGUGGACUGGAGGGCGAAGGGCGCCGUGGCCCCCGUGAAGAACCAGGGCCAGUGCGGCAGCUGCUGGGCGUUCUCGGCGGUCGGCGCGGUGGAAGGCAUCAACAAGAUCGUCACGGGCGACCUGGUGACGCUGUCGGAGCAGGAGCUGGUGGAGUGCGCAAGGAACGGGCAGAACAGCGGGUGCAACGGCGGGAUGAUGGAGGACGCGUUCGACUUCAUCGCCCGGAACGGCGGCAUCGACACGGAGGCGGACUACCCCUACACCGCCAAGGACGGCAGGUGCGACCUCGCCAAGAGGAGCCGCACUGUGGUGUCCAUCGACGGCUUCGAGUCGGUGCCGGAGAACGACGAGCUGUCGCUGAAGAAAGCAGUGGCGCACCAGCCCGUGAGCGUGGGCAUCGAGGCCGGCGGCCCCGAGUUCCAGCUGUACGAGUCCGGGGUGUUCAUCGGCAGGUGCGGCACGGAGCUGGACCACGGCGUGGUGGCGGUGGGGUACGGCACCGACAAUGGCAGGGACUACUGGAGCGUGCGCAACUCAUGGGGGGCAGGCUGGGGCGAGGGCGGCUACAUCCGGAUGGAGCGCAACGUCACCGCGCGCACCGGCAAGUGCGGCAUCGCCAUGAUGGCGUCCUACCCCGUCAAGAACGGGCCUAACCCGUCGCCCAAGCCAAACCCGCCGAAGCCGAAACCGGUGGCCUGCGACCGCCACAGCAAGUGUCCGGCGGGGAGCACCUGCUGCUGCACCCACGGCGUCAGGAAGACGUGCUUCGUCUGGGGGUGCUGCCCUGCCAAGGGCGCCGUCUGCUGCAAGGACGGCGCUACCUGCUGCCCCUCGGACUACCCCGUCUGCAACGACCAGAAUCGCACUUGCUCCAAGAGCAAGAACAGCCCCUACACCGUGGAGGCGCUCAUCCGUACUCCGGCCAAGCGAAGCAGGACAACGACGAUUACAAAACUGGUCGAUUUAGUGUUCUCCGGAUCGGACAUCUAGGCUCUCGGUCCUUUCUUAGGGUUUUUUUAGCACAUAGAUAUUUUCUAGGUUACACUACAGUAGUAUUCCAUAGGACUAUAUGAAAUUUAUAUCCACGGAAACAUGUACAUAUGAAAUACGAGAAUUUUCACCUUGCUAAAGAUCAGACACUCCUUGUAUCCAUUAUUUUACUUUGAAGCAGUACCACAACUCUUUUAUGUUCUCCAAAUUAGUUAUGAUUUUUACAUUAA